CUGCGUCUUAUUGCGCCAACGUUCAGCCUACACAGCAGAUUUCCCCAAAUACAGUUUCGUUUUCGUUGUUCCGUUUAGACGUUUCCCCCUCUUGAAUAUCUUGGUGUUGUUGGAUUGUUAUUGCUUGCGUUGAAGAUCAAGAAUCGAGGAAAUCCCGCGGGGAAUUUUAGGGAAAAUUGUGUAUUUCCUUUCCUUGCACAGUCACAGUGAUGGCCAAGAAUGUGGGAAUUCUCGCCAUGGAGAUUUACUUUCCGCCGACUUGCAUCAAGCAGGAUGUCCUGGAGGAUCAUGAUGGAGCAAGCAAGGGGAAGUACACGAUUGGGCUCGGUCAAGAUUGCAUGGCAUUUUGCACUGAUGUCGAAGAUGUCAUUUCUAUGAGUAUGACAGCUGUUGUUUCCCUCCUAGAUAAGUAUGAGGUUGAUCCAAGUCAGAUUGGUCGACUUGAAGUUGGAAGUGAGACGGUGCUUGAUAAAAGCAAAUCCAUUAAGACAUUUCUGAUGCCAAUCUUCGAGAAGCAUGGAAAUACCGACAUAGAAGGUGUUGACUCGACCAAUGCUUGCUAUGGUGGCACUGCUGCUCUAUUCAACUGUGUCAACUGGGUGGAAAGUAGUUCGUGGGACGGCCGACAUGGGCUUGUUGUCUGCACAGACAGCGCUGUCUACGCUGAGGGUCCGGCUAGGCCUACCGGAGGAGCUGCAGCAAUUGCUAUGCUAAUAGGACCAAAUGCUCCUAUUGCUUUUGAAAGUAAGCUCAGAGGGAGCCACAUGGCUCAUGCAUACGAUUUCUACAAGCCCAACCUUGCCAGCGAAUAUCCGGUUGUCGAUGGCAAGCUCUCUCAGACUUGCUACCUCAUGGCACUCGAUUCUUGUUACAAAACCUUCUGUAACAAGUACGAAAAACUCGAGGGUAAGCCGUUUUCAAUUUCAGAUGCUGAUUACUUUGUAUUCCAUUCUCCAUAUAAUAAGCUUGUACAGAAGAGCUUUGCCCGAUUGGUAUACAAUGAUAGUUUGAAGAAAGCCAGCUACAUUGAUGAAGCUGGUAAAGAGAGUCUGGCUCCAUUUUCGUCACUGAGCCAUGACGAAAGCUACCAAAGUCGUGAUCUUGAGAAGGCUUCCCAACAAGUCGCGAAGCCAUUCUACGACGCUAAGGUGCAGCCGUCCACACUCAUCCCGAAACAAGUUGGGAACAUGUACACUGCAUCGCUCUAUGCUGCAUUUGCAUCCCUCCUCCACAACAAGAACACCGACCUGUCCGGGAAAAGAGUGGUGUUGUUUUCCUACGGGAGUGGUUUGACAGCCACCAUGUUUUCUCUCCGCCUCACCCAAGGGCAGCAUCCUUUCAGCCUGUCGAACAUUGCAUCCGCCAUGAAAAUUACUGAGAAAUUGAAUUCGAGGCACGAGUUCCCGCCAGAAAAAUUCGUUGAAACGAUGAAGACAAUGGAGCACAGAUAUGGAAGCAAAGACUUUGUUACAAGCAAGGACUGCAGCCUCCUUGCACCGGGCGUAUACUAUCUCACCGAAGUCGAUUCCAAAUACCGCAGAUUCUAUGCUCAGAAUGGUGCCGUCGCCAAUGGCAGCAGCUGAGGCAACAGGCCAUGGCGAAUAACUUCAUUUUCAUUCAGUACAAGUAAAAUUUUGUUUGUUCAUUUGAUAUGGGUUUCAGAAAGACCAUGGUUUGAUAAUGGCUGUAUCAUCAUCAUCAUCAUCAUCUUCUUCUAUACUUCAAUAAUAAAGGGUUUUAGCAGCA